ACUGUGCCUGAUUAAAAAGUCCGAAACUUUGAUCUGACAGUGUCUGUCAGGUUGACUCAAGAGUUUAUUUGUAUUUAAACAAUCCGGAAUUAAUUGUAAUGUUUUACUGAUCGUGUCUGAGCAUUGUUAUUUUGCCUUAAAGAUAAGUACUCGUGACUAGUUUGUGUUUACGUGUGAGUAGAUGUGCAGGCGUCUCCUCAGUAACUCGGACUAGUCUGCCAUACUGGCACAAAGUAUCCUUGGCACAGGCACACGGAGUUAGCAGCUGAGAUGAUCCACAGUCUGUUCCUGAUCAGUCACUCUGGAGACAUCUUCCUGGAGAAACACUGGAAGAGUGUCAUCAGCAGGAGUGUGUGUGAUUACUUUUUCGAGGCUAAGGAGAAGGCGGUGGACCCGGAGGAUGUUCCCCCAGUCCUCCAGACCCCACACCACUAUCUCAUCAGCAUAUACAGGGGCAAGCUCUUCUUCCUGUCUGUCAUCCAGACUGAGGUCCCUCCACUGUUUGUCAUCGAGUUCCUCCACAGAGUGGCAGACACUUUUCAGGACUACUUUGGAGAGUGCUCAGAAAGCAUUAUCAAGGACAAUGUGGUGACAGUGUAUGAGCUGUUGGAGGAGAUGCUGGACAACGGCUUCCCACUAGCAACAGAGUCCAACGUGCUCAAAGAGAUGAUCAGGCCUCCCACCAUCCUGCGAUCAGUUGUCAACACGCUCACAGGAGGUAGUAACGUUGGAGACACAUUACCAACCGGUCAAUUGUCCAAUAUCCCAUGGAGGCGCGCUGGUGUUAAAUACACCAAUAAUGAGGCAUAUUUCGAUGUGAUUGAGGAAAUAGAUGCCAUCGUGGACAAAUCAGGUACGACAGUAUUUGCAGAGAUCCAGGGUGUGAUUGAAGCCUGUGUGAGGCUCACUGGGAUGCCUGACCUGACUCUGUCUUUCAUGAAUCCUCGUCUUCUCGAUGAUGUGAGUUUCCACCCGUGUGUACGGUUUAAGCGCUGGGAGUCGGAGCGUGCCCUCUCUUUCAUCCCGCCAGAUGGAAACUUCACCCUCAUGAACUACCAUGUCAGCUCUCAAAACCUCGUGGCCAUUCCAGUGUACGUGAAACAGAGCAUCAGUUUCUUUGAGUCGGGACCUUGUGGUCGCCUGGACAUCACGAUCGGACCCAAACAGACCAUGGGAAAGACAGUGGAGGGCUUGAUGGUCACCAUCCACAUGCCUAAAGCUGUGCUCAGUGCCAACCUCACAGCCACACAGGGAAACUACACCUACGACCUCGCUACCAAGGUGCUGGUUUGGGACAUUGGGAAACUGAACCCCCAGAAGCUUCCCAACUUGCGAGGCAGUCUAAGUCUGCAGGCAGGAGCUCCCAAACCUGAAGAAAACCCCCCACUCAACAUCGACCUGAAGAUCCAGCAGCUGGCCAUAUCAGGUCUGAAGGUGAGUCGUCUCGACAUGUAUGGAGAGAAGUACAAACCAUUUAAAGGGGUCAAAUAUUUGACCAAAGCGGGGAAAUUCCAAGUGCGGACCUGAGUAAUGUCAGAGGUCAGAGGUCAACAACCCAGUGUGCCAAAUAGGUGUCAAAGUUAUCAGUGCUCCAAAAAUGUCUUACAUAUCCUCUGGCUCAUUGUCAUUAAUGAGUUAUUUAUUAUGUGUUUAGCAUUACAAAUGACUGGAUGGUAUGUGUGACCUGUAAAGGGAAGCCUUAAUAAUCAAUGUGACCUUGUUGAAGUGCUAUUAGUUUCUAUCCAGUUUAAAUGUGUUGCAUUAUAUGAACCAUUCCUCUUUCUAUUGUACUGUUUCUGUUUUUCUUUUGUCUUUUAACACCUUCUGAGUGUUGCCUAAGGGGAAUAUUUCAAUUUGAAAAGGGACACUCGCAGCUUACCACCUUGCUCCUCACAACUUAAACACACCUGUACAAUCAUACCUGCAUGUUGCCUGAACUUAAGCAGCCAUUCCUUUUGAAGACAUUUUUACACAAUUACAGUAGCACCAAGUUUUAUACCUAUAUAUAUGUUUAUUUUUGAAGAAUCUUAUGUGUCUACUUUUUGAGUAGCUGCAGUGUCUGAAGUCACUGACUUAAGAGCAGGUAUUUUUGCACGCAUUCACUCCUUAAUGUGGCCUUGUAAGGUAGGUUACAGUGCUUUGCAUAGCACACUACAGCACACACUGCAUGGUUGGGAGGCCUGAGGGAAAGUAUAUUUUCUUUACAUCCAAGGUACAUUUGACUAAGGGAGUACAACUGUCUGCAGAGCCUCGAAACGAGCCAGUGAUUCAGGCAGUAUGUUGGGAACAGUCGUGUAAAAAGCACUCAGAAAUCUACAAAAGCCUCACACAAUCUUGAAUGCAACUUAUUUUCUCAGCACAAGAUUUGCACAAUCAAUUGUCCACGUGGAAAAUACUACUUUAAGCUCUUGUAUGAAGUUGAAUCUAUAUGUCAGUGUUUAAGAUGUCUCAUAAAAGCUUUAAAAUGA